CCGUGAGGUCAUAGCCACCGUCUACAGCGCCUGCUGCGUCACAUGUACCUGCAAUAGCCAAACACUGUGCCCAGCACCUGAGCUCACAUGUCGUUCGGGGGCGAUCGGGCCAUUACCUGCAACCAUGGAGCUAGGCAAGGAAGUCCUGAUGCAGUUGAUGGACAGGCGAACAAUAAACAAACGCACAAAUAAAGGCUUCUGACCUAUGUGUAUGUGUACGCUGAAUCGGUGAACCCGACGGCACUGUAACUGUGAACCCGCCGAAGUAUGCGACACUGGGUUGAGCUUUUCCAAAAUCGGUGGCAAUUUGUCCGUGGCAUCACAAUGGAAGAUGGAGUUGGCUGCAAUCGUCUUUCCGGUACUCCUCCCAGGACCAGGGCGUUUGGUGUACAGAGUGAGCUAAGGAAGAGUGUCGAGGGAAAUUACAAGGAAGCAGUGAAGAAAUUGAACAGCCUACAGAGCAAUCCAUCCGCCUUAGCAAAGGCCAGAAAUAAUGAAACGAUUGAAGGAAACGCCAAAAAGAUGGAGGGAUUUAUCCAAAGGGCUGGUAUGAAGGUUGAGCAGCUGGAUGACCUGUCCAUUAUCCAUGUUAGUGGUACCAAGGGGAAGGGGUCAGUUUGCGCUCUCUGCGAGAGCAUGCUGAGGGCUAGCGGCUUCAAGACGGGCUUCUUCAGUUCACCUCACCUGGUGGAGGUUCGGGAACGAUUCCGUAUCAAUGGCAAACCUUUGCCCCAGGAGGCCUUCACCGAGUACUUCACCACCAUCUUUGACCGCUUGGAGGAGACUAAGACAUCCCACGGUGCUGAGAUGCCGGCUUACUUCUGGUUUCUCACCGUCCUAGCCUUUCAUGUUUUCCUCGAGGAAAAGGUUGAUGUCGCUGUUGUUGAAGUUGGUAUCGGUGGAUUCUUUGACUGCACAAAUGUUAUUAGGAAACCAGUUGCAGUUGGUAUAGCACUGCUAGAUUUCGAUCACGUAAAGAGACUAGGAGAUACAAUUGAAAAGAUAGCUUGGCACAAAGCAGGUAUUUCUAAGCCCUGUCGACCAGUUUUCACUGUGCCUCAGCCAAUGGGAGCUAUGAAGGUUGUCAUGGAAACAGUGAUAGAAUGUGGGGCAUCAUCCAUAGAGUGCGCCCCCAAUUUUGAGAGCUAUGACUUCAGUGGCGUUCCGCUCAGACUUGGCUUGACUGGAAAGCAUCAACACACAAAUGCAUCGCUGGCCUUGCAGCUAUGCAAAACCUGGAUAGAGAACUAUCGGAAGGAAACUAGAAAUAAACACAAAAAUGCAUCCGACUUCCAACUUGUAAACGAUUCCAAAUGGGCCGUGUCUUCAGCAGCUGAUGUUGGCAUGGCAACUGCUAAGCCUUUUGUUGUGCCUCGGUACUUCAUGAAAGGCUUGGAAGAGUGUUACUGGCCGGGUCGUAAUCAGAGGAUCAAACACGAGAACGUAACCUGCUAUAUUGACGGUUCCCACACACCACAGAGUAUCCAGGCAUGUCGCAACUGGUUUAUGGAAGCGGCCAAAGAGGAACACUGUAUGCUUGAUAGGCCAAUCAAACGCAUCCUGAUAUUCAACACUCGGUCACAACGCAACGAGUACAAUUUACUUAGGCCACUAAUAGGCUGCCGUUUCGAUGGUGCUGCGUUUUGCCCAAAUAUCACUGGAGACGCUGCCUCAGGAAAGUCUGCUGAUCUAACAGACUUAUCAGUCAGCACAGACGAGCAGUUGGUUCGUUGCCAGCGCUACCGGGCUGCCUUCGAAAAACUGACCGACGAAGAGACCCAGGCUGGCCUCUCGCUGACCGCUCAAAACGAGUCGGUCGACUCGCACAAUUGCCUGUGGGAGGAUCGCAAGACGACUGCUAAAGAGUCAAGCGUUGCCGACGUCAAAGAAACAUACGCCGGGCACUUCCAGCGGACAGUGACGGAGGUAUUGCCCACCAUGUCAGAUGCUCUCAGGUGGGCGUCAGCGUGGGCUGAUCAAGAGAAAGACGCGGUGGAACCCACGGGAGAUGAGCCGACACGUACACCACGACAAAAGCCACACAUCCAGGUGCUGAUUACAGGAACCAUGCAUUUGGCCGGGGUGGCAAUUGAAGCUAUAGAUCCCGAAUUGAUCUACAGACCAGGAAGCUAGGAGUGAACGACUGAUGUCGUACUUUUCACCCUUUUGUUAUUCAGAGUGACCUCAAAAGAAUUAUAAUUGGGGAAAUGAAUUCGUAGCCUUCUCUGAACAGUCCUCACAUUGAAUGGAAUUAGGUGUGUUGUUGUUAGCGAAUAUAAUGCAUUUGGUAAACCUGGGCGUGUUCUGCAGCGCAAAAUUAAAGUUUGUCAUUCCUGCGGCAUACGGCUACAAGCGUUGGAUUGUCAACAGUCUUUCCGCUUCCUAAAUAUAUCUUUUCCUCGCUGUUAUCCCGUGCUCAUGCAGCGUAACGGAGGAAUCCAAUUGAGGACAAAACGUGUGGAAACAUUCACGUCAAACGUUUGUGUCAAUACGGAGGAGUGAUUGUCGACUUAAAACACUUUUGUCAGUGGGGUGACGUUUUCAGUGUGUUCGCUGCCCCCACCACUAUUUACUGCUGUGAGCAGUUCAUGCUGGUGAGAAAUAGCGUGCCUUCCAAAGAGUUUCUGCAGCUACCUACACUGUAAAAGGGUUGGUCAAUUUUGGGUUGAUAUUUUGCCCAAUGUUGGUAAAAAUAUCAACUUAGCAACCUUUGGGC